AGCGCGUUGUCAGUGUUGACGAGGGUAACAGAAGCGUUCACUUUAGAAGGAUGUGUUCUUGACGAGUUUAUCUGCUUCUUACCUCUCGGAAAACAGUAUUAAUACAGAGGGAAGAAGAGAGCACAGACGUGCACACAGAGUGCACGUUUAGACCUUCCAAAUUGUGGUUAAUACCACUGUGGCAAUCAAGAACAAUCGAUUCAUUUAACAAUACAAUUAACACUGUGUCAACUGUGAUUGUGUAUCGAAAAGUAGUAUACUUGAACUCAGGCGCGAUCAAUAACCAAUCAAUUUUACUAAUAAACACGCCUAAUCAAUUCGGAGGUUGUAGAUUUAUAAGAGAUUUACGAACGAGUGCACCGUAGAACAGAGAAAUGGAUUAUUCUUACUUCAUGACGGACGUCGCCAAACGCAGGCGGCCUGCCACGACGCGGGAGCUAACUAAAAUAGCGUACUCCGCGCCGAAAAGUAUCAUUUCCUUAGCAGAAGGAAUGCCCAACGAAGAGACGUUCCCGUUCACGGAAAUUUCAGUUAAACUCUACGAUGGUUCGUCCUUUACUCUGGACGAUGGCGAGUUAGGUGCCGCUCUUCAGUACAUACCCACGCAAGGUUAUCCUCCUCUUGUGCAGGCCUUGAGGGAAUUCCAGAGAAGGGCACACGCGCCACCCUUAUGGGAGAGUCGCGACAUAGUCGUCGUUUCGGGGUCUCAGGACGGGCUUAGCAAGGCUCUGGAGGCUAUAAUCGGCACUGGUGAUCCGAUUUUGGUCCCCGACCCUUUCUAUCCUGGCGUCGAAGUUGUGAUAGCACCUCACAAAGCGGAGCUUAUAAUGAUCCCGCAAGACGACGACGGUCCUAUUCCGGAAAUACUCCGGGAGACUCUGAGAAACCGGGAGGUUUUCGGCGCAAAAAUGCCGAAAAUAAUGUAUAUAAACGCUACGGGCACGAACCCUACCGGCAUCAUUAUACCUCUGGAAAGACGAAAGGAGAUCUAUAGGAUAGCCUGCGAGUACAAUUUCUUGCUUCUCGACGACGAUCCUUAUCAUUUCAUGCAUUUCGACAAGGAGGAUCCUAAGUCUUUUUUAUCGCUUGAUACGGAAGGUCGAGUAAUUAGGUUGGAUUCAUUCUCGAAAGUGAUCAGCAGUGGUAUCAGAUUAGGCUUUAUGACCGCCGCGGCUCCGCUGAUAGCCUGCGUAGAGCUCCAUUUGCAGAGCAGCCACCUCCAUGCUCCUACCUUAUCGCAGGUAAUAAUGUACAAGUUGUUGAAGAUCUGGGGUUACGAAGGCCUGAUGCAACAUUAUACAAGAAUAAGGUGCUUCUACAAGCAAAGAAGGGAUGUUAUCUCGGCGUUGGCACGCAAGCAUUUAAAUGGUUUGGCGGACUUUAGCGUACCAAGGGGUGGAUUCUUCUUAUGGAUUAAAGUGCGAGGAAUCGAGAAUACAUGGAAGAUGAUAAUGCAGCGGGGUGUAACGGAAGGAGUUAUUAUGGCGCCAGGAGGCGCAUUCAUGAGAGACUCUAAAUCCUGCAACGCCAUCAGGGCAAGUUUCGCCAAGGCUUCCUAUCAGGAAAUGGAUCUGGCACUAGAGCGAUUGGCGCAAUUAAUCCAGGCGGAGUUAGCCGAAAAUUACAUUGAAAAUAUUGACACGUGAUAAUAUAUUUUGUAUAUAAUAUAUUAUCAACAAAUAAUAUAUUUGUACAUGACUACACGGUUGAUAUUGAAGUUAACGAGCAUCAGUUGGUAAUAAAAUAGAGUGAUAGGACUGGAAAGAUAUUAUCAAUUAUAAGUAAAUUGUUGAAUGUUAAACGGUAAAAAGAAAUGUAUCAAACAUUGAUAAAGAAUUGGGCAAGUUAUGUUAGAUCGAGAUGAAUUUUAUACAUCUUCGUCAUUUUUAGAACGUAGUCUCGAGUUUCGUUAACAGAGGACAUUGCAUAACUAAAACAGCUACUUUGCGCAUUAAGUUUUUAUUUAUUUAAUAUUAUAACAAUUAAUAUUUUAAAAAUUUAUUAUUUUAUUAUACAAGCUUUCGUACAAGAAAUAUAUGGUAUUUCUUACAUGUUGUUUAUAACAACACAUUUAGUUUCAGCGUGGGAUAACAGUAGCUCGAUUAAUCUCAUAAAAUCUUGACAAAUGCGCAUAUUAUUAAGCAUAUCAAAAAUUAAAUUAAAUUAAUACAUUAAAUCCAUUUAAAUCUCAGGCAUAUGUUGCAUCGCUACAUUCACGGUAGAUUAUAUUUUUAUCUUUCUAUUUAAAUUUUUGUAGAAAAACGAAACUAAUUAA